GGUGGUGUAGGAGUCGCGUGGCCCAGCCGCAGCCGCCCGUCUGUCGCCUGUCACCCACUCCCGCAGCUGAAUGCGUGUGCUUUCAGAUCAUGGCGAAGCCGAGUGCCGUUGACAGCAACGGCAUGGGUCAGCUGGAAGCGGACGUGACUAACGCGAUAUGGCACGCUUUCGACACGCUCGGCGAUGGCAACUCGGGCAAAGUGGCCAAGUCUCGCCUCAAGGUGUUUACGUCAAGUUUGGGAACUGUUCUUGGCUAUACAAGGGCGGAGGCAGCGCUGGAAGAAUACUGUAGCACACGAGAACUUCAGUUUGAACAGUACAUGGUGUACUUACUGAAGGAGCUGUUUCAAGGUCUGCCCAGCACUCUUGACCUCAAGACAAUUAAAAAAUACCGGGACCACAUUGAGGAUGUGUGCUGGCUCGUCUGCAAGAAAAAAUACCUUGACCGAGAGUUUGUGGCAUUCCCCGAGAAAUGUGUUGCGCAGCUGUUUCGGGUGUUCUGCUUUUUGGGAGAGCUGCGGACAUCCCAGAAGGAUAUGACAGAGGUCAUCAUGGUUGCAGAGGAAGUUGAAGAGGUGACAAGCACAUUUGUGAAGGCCUUGGGGAAAGAAUGGGACUCUCAAGAUUUCCGUCAGCUGGCCACUCUGCUCCCCGUUUUCCACUUCCAAUCUUUUCUGGCAUUUCUCGAAACACGUUACACGGCGGGGUCUGAGCCUUGUGGCCUUGUGGAAGCGUCUGCAGAGGUCUACGACAUCUAUGUGGGAGAUGUCAUCAAAAAGGGCUUGCUCAAAAAGAAAAUGUCGACCUUGGGCCUGUGGUGGGAGAUGUACUUCGUGCUACGUCCUCACAGUUUCACCUACUUUGGCACCAAGGAAGGGAGCCGCAAAAGUGGAGAGAUCUGCAUCACAUCUCGCACGCGCGCUGAGCCAGUGGGUGACACCUCUGCUAGGAAAGGGCAUCGGUUCAUGGUCACCACAGAUGACAAGGUCGUUGAGCUCUCUGCCUCCGAUUACAAGUCGAAGCUGCAGUGGAUGUCAGCCAUCCAGACGGCAGCACAGCACUCGUACACGUACCGCUCAUACCAACGCCACCUGGCUAUCAAGCGCCGGAAUGAGCGGCAGGCCUGUCACACCAGGAAGCAGGAAGAGGAGCGCCAGCGACUGCAGCAUCUCGCUCAGCUUGAGAAGGAGAAAGAGGCUCGCCGGCAGGCGGAGGAGCAGCUCAAAAGUGAGCACCAAAAACGACAGGAGUUGGAAGCAGCCCAGCAGGAACUCGAGCGCAAGCUCGAGGAAGAGCGGCAGGCCAAGAGGGAUGAAGAAAUUGUGCGGACCCUGCAGUCAAGGAUCCUAGCCGAGGAGUGGGAGAAGCGGGAGCAGCUGGAGCAGGAGAGAGCCGAGCAGCAGAAGCAACUGGAAGAAGAGAGUCAGCGCAGGGAGCACCUUGAACAGCUGCGCCGCCAGAAAGACCGCGAGAUCAACUCCAUUGCCCAGAAGCUCUCGACGCUCAAAACGGAGAAAGUAAUGCUCAACUCGCAGCUUGAGCAAACACAGAAGAAACUUUCGGAGGCAGAAUUUGCAAGCAAGACGCUAGAACGGAGACUUCGAAAAGCCAAGAAGAAUCAGUCGCCACUCAAACGUGCUGUGUCUGUGGAUCUGACAGACUUCGUAAUGUCGCCGUCCAACAAGGUUUAAGUUGGACUUCCUGCGAGACUUACCUAAUCCUGUGAAUUCUUGUUAGUGUUUUUCUUCAAGACUUGCGUCUUGUGACCCGCUCGGAUGUACUGAGUGAUACAGUGCCAUUAGUAUCGUGUUCCUGUUGCUAAACCCUCUGCCAAAUGUGCAGAUGCUUUUAUGUUGCUCUUAAAGUGGACCACACAUGGUGAGAUUUUAGUCAUGAUAAUACAAGAUAUAUACAUAUAUAUAUAUAUAAUUGUGCACGCUGCUCUUCAUCGUUGAGUUUGCAGCAUAGUGUUGAUGCAUGUUAAAUGUGGCAGAGUGCUUGGCUCUGCCUCAUAAAGUGUGACUAAUGCUAGAGUACAAGGCAGCUUCGAGCAUGAAGGCUGUUGACUUUUAUCACUGCUUUCUUUUGUUGUUGUGUUGAUGUACCUUUAGGGCAAGUUUAUUCUACCAUCAAAAACAGUGUCACUUUCAGUGUCUUGUUCACGUGCAUCGUUCAUUAUCACUUUGCUAACUUUUCCAACACAACUGGAAUGCGAGGGGCUCGUUAAGGGCUUACAGUGUACUAAGUAAGAGAUAAGCGCUGUGCAUACAUUUGUUGUUUGUUCGUGUAGUUGAGGCUCCAAUCAUUCACGUCAAACAGACAUUUGUCAUGCAGCUCCAGCUGCCUUACCUUGCAAAAGCCUCUUGGACAACAGUGGCAUACCACUCGCAGCAUGGUUCUGUUGUAAACAUCACACCUUAUUUCAUGAAGGGUGCAUUUAUGAUCAUCUGUGAUGAGGAUGUAAAAAAUGAUGCGAUAUCUGAUAGCAAUUUUUAUGGAGUACUUCAUUCGCUAUCCGUUAUUGCACUUAAGAACUCUCUGUUUAACUGAACCUUCACGAGCAUGAGAGGCUCUACUACUCACUGCUGUGUGCUGGUGCCUUGCACCCAAGCAUGUUUUUACAACGAUCAAAGAGCUUAUGUUGGCUGUUGUUGUUUUCACGUUUAACUUUCAUGUGAUGCAAUCAAAGUAUUUACUAUGGCGUUAACGUUUUUCUUGCUUGACAAGGUGAAUCUGUUUCUUUUCGUAACCAUCACCAUGCCAAAAGUUAUGGCUAGUUGCUACGAAAGCUAUUACCUUUUCUAUUAUGUCUGUGCUCAGUAGUAUGCAUGGGCUCAUUUUCUAUGUGACGUAUAUACUUUCUGCCACUCCAUUGGUAUAUGCCAGUUUAUCAUCAUGCAUUACCUUGCUGUAAAAUCGUGGUACUGUGCCAACCCCAUUUAAUAUUUUACUCUGUACUUGUGAAAGUUAUCAAUGAACAAGUAAUAUCAAGCACCAGAACAAUUUUUGAAACAGCGAAGUCUCCUUCGAAUCUCCUUCACAAAACUCCCUGAGCCAGCGCCACCAAAAGCUUCUGUGCCUUAUGGUGUUGUGGGCCUAAGCUUGAAGGCAAAGAUAUUGCUCCAGAGCUAAAUAUCAAUUGUUAAUAAAAUGAUGUACAGGGUCAGAUUUUGGGUAGUUCUCCAGAAAAGCAUGAAUUGAGCUUAGUGGUGACUACCUGUGAGUAAUGCUCAAUAACCUCCGGUAAUACAAGAAUGUGUUCUUGAUGUAUGUUUUUUUUUCUUUUCCCUUUUGUUGCAGAUGCAAAUGGGAAGCUAGGCUUUGCGAUAAGUUUUAUCCACAUUAGUUCCUAAACUGCCAAGCUGAGCUGAAAUGAGUCUUGUGUAUCUGUGCUUGGUUAUGCUCACUGAGAUCUGCACUGUGCUAGCGAAUGCGUUUUAUACGCGAUUAUGUGUCGGUUUUUCUGCCAACUGAGUUGAAUAUUUUUCAAGGUGCGCCUUCUUAUUUUUUUUUUCUACUUGGUGCAAUGGCUGUGAUAGUCCUCCAUUGUUUUAAAGCACAGGGCCUUGUUACGUACUGGUAGCUUUUGCUGUUAAGGACUUAGCGUUUUGAGAAAAUGUGUGUGCACGUGUAUGCUUCAACUGACGUAUGUUUUCAUUAGGCGCUCAGGCUGCUGUUUUGUCGUGUUUUAUCAGACCUUUUUGUUCACUCGGAGAUGUCAAAACUUGAGAUGGCUUUUAUACUCUUGCAUAUUAAAAUAAAUUAUUUUGUC